AGAGUGCCGCAGCACCCAGCAGAACAAAACACACAGCUCCACUCUCAGUUUGCGACUUUCUGCUGCUCAAAGGACGAUGAGAAGUAUACUCAGUAGCAAAAUCAGCAAUUUCUUGCGAAACCCUUUAUUCUCUACACCUCUCCAUCACCAUCACCAUCGGUUUCCAACAAUACUGCAACCAAAACAAAGCCUUCACAAUCUUUGUAAUGGUUUGCAAAAUGGUGUUCCUUUUAAUAAACUCAUCUCAGUUUCAGCUCUUCGGUACUUGAGCACUAAUUCUUUAGAAGAAAUAACCCCAGAUAGAAAUGAAAACGACCCACUUCACUAUGAAACGAUUGCGGAUGUAGAACCAAUAGAUUUAUGGGAAGAAGAAGAAGAGGAUGCUGAGCCUGAGAUUGGUGAUGGAGGUGAUGGAGGGGGAAUAGUUUUGCAAAAUUGCCCUUGGGGUAAGCAGGCGUUAUCCAUUGCUCGUGAUGUGCUGCUACAGUUCGGUGAUGACAUGGAGCUCUAUGCAUUCAAAACUAGUCCUCGCGGAUACAUCUAUGUGAGAUUAGACAAACUUCCAAAUGAAUAUGGCUGUCCAAGUAUGGAUGAGAUGGAAGAAUUUAGCCGCCAAUACAAGAAAAAGUUAGACGAAGCUGGUGCACUAGGGAAAAUUCCUGAUGAUCUCGCCCUUGAGGUAUCAUCUCCUGGUGCUGAGAGGCUACUAAAAGUACCAGAUGACUUAUCCCGCUUCAAGGACAUGCCUAUGAGAGUUAGCUAUAUCGAAGAAAUGAACUCGAGAAACCUUGAAAAGGACGGAAUAUUCUUCUUAGAAUCAGUUGAUGCAGAAUUAGGAAGCUGUAUGUGGAAGUUGGCGGAUGUUAAGGAGAAUAGAGAUCCAGCGGCCAAAGGAAGGCCUCUAAGCCGUAAACAGAAAGAUUGGAGGUUAAAACUGCCUUAUGCAAUGGUUAAGAGGGUAACUUUGUACCUUGAUUAUUGAAUUAUGUUUAAUUGUUGUAGGACUCAAGAUGUUGAUGUAUAUGCUGUUGCUUUAUACACACUAAAGAUUUUGACAUAAAUUUAUGACAGUUCCUUUGGGUUAA